GUUUCAUCCAUAGAAGCAUCGCUAAGUACACCAAGAUCCUGCGGUUCAUUUAGCCCCACGACCACCUCAAACCAUUUUGAUAGUAACCACUAUCUCCCAACAACAAUCAAAAUGAAGCCCUCAUUUAUCACUGCCAUCCUGUCCAGCAUUAUAGCCCUUACAAGUGCAACCCCUGUCAAGAAACAGGUCUUCAACGUGGGUUUGACUUUCUACGGCGUUGACGGGUCUUCUUACGGCGAGACAUUUCCCGCAGAUACCACGCUAGUUAAAAUCGAUAAUCCGACGGUUGUUCAGAGCAUCUACUCAAAUGGAGGCGGCUUUUGCACCAUCACUGGUGUUGAUGGUAGCACCGUUGUUAUUGCGGGAGAGGGGAACUACACUGUGACUCCGGCCCAAGCCCAAGCACGUGGAAGCUGCGACAACCUAUGAGUGCUUGUGAUGGAGUAGCUUGCCUCCCUUGGUGCUGGUUUAUAUGGGCACCGGUUUGAGGUGAGAAGGAUGAUGACCGAUAUGUUAUUUACAUACGAAUUGAAAUGAUGCUUGCCAAUAAUAAAUUGUAACUAAAUGCGAGAU